CUCUGUUACUAUCUGAUAUACAUGUCAGACGUGAUUUAAUAUAAUACAAUAUAUAUAUAUAGAUGUUAAAAAGUUUUACUUCCUUAUGGAAUAUUGCCAAUUAACUUAAUAGUGUGUUUUGAUUUCGAAUGGGUUCGUGGUCAUGACUUUCUAAAACAUUUUACCUCUGUCUGCACUGUUGACAUGGAAGGAAGUACACAUUGGGGUAGUAAAGAACACACAUUUACAAAUACAACGGAUAAUGGGAAGGAACUUAAAAGUCAUGUUGGUCAAAAAGACGAAAAUUUGAAAACAGUGUUAGAGACCAAAGAAGUCAGUCUACAAAAGCCGAACAGGGAAAACGAUACUUUGAUGAGCGAAAUUAAGCGACUGGAGAAAGAAAAGGCAACAUUAGAAAAAGAAAAGGCAAAAUUAGAAAAUGAAAAGGACGAUGCAUUAUCGAGAUUAAGUAAACUAGCAGGUCAAAAACUCACGGAUGGGAAUCCAACCAUUACUGAUCUUGGUAAUCCUAAUAGACCUGAAAAAAUUGGAGAACGUUGGGCUUCAUUGUAUACUGAUGAAUGGACAGAUGUCUACGAAGACCUAACUGAACAGAAUAAGAGAAAGAGCAACAAUAAUGAACUACCAGAAAAGCAACUGAUAAAGAUUGUGGAUUGGUGUUACAAGAGAUGUUUAGAAAUAGCAAAAGAACAAAAUAAUAAAAUCCAUGAAACCUUAUGGGAACUCGUACGGUUCAUUCAUUUUCUCGGAGCAAAGCCAAAGGAGCUUGAAAACAUUAAACAAAUUCAAGGUAAUAUUCAUACUGAAGAUACAAUGAUGACCACAGCGAUGAAAGACUUUGAGAAAAAUGCUAAGUUUCAACUCCAGUGCAGUACGACAUUGAUUGAUGCUGUUAGGAAGCAAUGUUGUGAGGACUAUAUUUCAUCUUAUCCAGAGUCUUUAACAAGCGCAAAACAUUUCAUAAUGAAAUGUUCGGAAUUGUGCUGGCACGUGCUUUCAUCGAAUCCACCAAUGACGAUUGAUUAUGAAAAUUUUGAACAGCAACCAAUUGAUCCAAACAAAUUCAAUAAGUAUAAUAGAUCUGGUACAACUGUUGAAUAUGUCGUUUGGCCAGCCCUACUUCUACAUAAAGAUGGUCCAGUGUUAGCAAAAGGAACGGUUCAGACCAAUUAUGAGGAUAAAACAGUCCCUCGGAAAAAAUCCGCAGAAGAUAUAUUUGCACCACCAAAAACGUGUAAACCAAGUAGUAGUCCUACUGUUAAAGAUGAUAUUACAAGCAACGAAAUUUCCGAUCCUGUCCAAUGCACAAAGAAUGCACUUAAAGGUGAUUCCCAUGCCAGUGAUUCUGAAUUAAAGCAAACUAACCCGAAAAAACAGGAUCAACCAAACAAUUUAUCACAAAAGGCGGAUUACAAAUCCAUAAACCCGCUUUGCCAAAGUAAGGAAAAGGAAUCCGAUGGUGAUUCACGGCAACAAGUAUCUGCAAACACAGAUCAAUCUGGUCUGAUCAAUGAUAUGGACAAAUCCCUUCCAAAAUCAAAAGGAUGCAUAAAUCAAUCGGGCCUGAAAAAAAUUAUGAAACCAGGGAGUGGCUUGCAAACAGGAGAUGCUGAAAACAUUAAUGAAAGUUGUCGAUAUCUGGAAGAAAACGGUGAAUCGAAUAGUAACACGACAAACGACCAGCUUAUUGGAGGCAUUUCCGAUGUAAGAGCCAAAGGCUCUGAAGAAGUAAAGAGUGAAACCAGCAAUUCCAAUAUAGGUGAUAAAGGUAUAGGCGAUAAUAUGGAAGAAACAAAUCAAAAUGACGUUAGAAAUGAAUUUAAAACCUCUUCAAAUAUAGUAACGCAACAUCAAUGUAAGCCCAUGAAUCAAUACGAAAAUAUUUCUAUCAAAGAAUGUCAUACUACUCAAGAUAUGAAAUGUGAUGAAUUGAAUAUCUCUGUUCAUAAAGGUGUUCAGUCACAAAAUGACGGAAGAGAUAUAGAUUACAGCAAACCUCAGAAUGAACCAGAAGCUUUAUCAUUGGACGGAUCUAAAAACUCUACCACAUAUUCCAGUGAAACUAAAACGCAUGAUAAAUGCGAAACUCCUAAUAAUAACCAAAUUGUCAAAGCAAAUAGUGGAAUAACUGACUUACCGACUGAUUCAAAAGUUGGAAAUACAAUAAAAUUUUACAGUAAGCUAGGAAACCAAUUGAAUGAAAACGCGAAACGGAGUGGAACAAUCCAACGAAAAUUAGAAAAAGUAUGCCAAACAUCAAAGCUUCCAAAAGAAAAAGACUUGAAUAAACCCAAAAAGGAAUCGAAAACAUCAAGGAAAAACUCAUCAAACUAAUCUAUACAAAGAUGUAUAUUGCUCCUUAUGAAAAAAAAAGUACAUUUAAUAUUUAAGACUAUAAAUAUGACAUAUCUUGUCUACGCAUAAUCCAUAAUAGUGAUAAUACUCGUGAAGUGAAAUGCCUUAACAUACAUGUGAAGAAAAAAAAUAUAUUUUUUAUCGCGUUUGUGAUAAUUGUAGGCAGUGAUUUUCAUUUACAUAUUUAACCAUAUUUCUUCAUGGAAAGCCGUGAUGUAAAUCCGCAAUUUAUCCAUUGUACAAACCAAUUUGAUCUUCAGUGUCAUUUGUCAGAUUUUUCUGUAAAAGUUCAAAUAAUUUGAUAGUGUUUAUAAGAUGACAUUAUCUCUAAAAGUCUGGACAUAAUUUCCCAGCUGUUCCUAUUUAAUAAUCAAAUGAAAAAGAAAAGAAAUCAGAAAUAUGUUCAUCAGGCAGAUUCUUAUCUUCAAAUAGUCCAUAUUCUACAAUUUUUCAAAGUGUCCCUGUAUUGAAAAAAAUGGUGGUCCUGAAAGCUAGAAUAGAAGAUUGAUGAAUAUUAAUCAAUGAUUUAACUAUUUGUAAACAUUUUCUGGAAGUAAAUAAUAAUUUCAUAAUAAUAAUAAUACGGAAUAUUGUUUGUGAUCAUCGUUUUUCGUAUCGGGGAAAUACACAUUUUUCAUUCUUGGGCGGUUUUUUUUAUAUAAUAAUAUUUAUCAUGUAUUGUAGGUUGUAUAACAGAUAGUUAGGGCUUUUCAAGGGAAUAUAUAUGGGGGUUGGACACAACAUGGUAUUUUUGUCUAGGGGCGGAGGCAAUUACAAUAAUGUAACAAAUGAAAAUCAAAUUAAUGGAUGAUGAGAUAUUACAAAAAAAGGACCGCCCCUUUAAUACAUUAGGAUUAAGACACGUCGAUUGCUCCAUUUUAAGUGGAAACUCGUUUGAACCUCACUGUAAAAACUGUUAUUAAGAGUUAAGUGUUCCUUGUUCAGUUAUCCCUUCUAAAUAAGUAUUACACGUAAAUGCUUAGUAGCGAAAUCAAAGCAGCUAAACAAAAGAUUAUGUUAGGAUUGUUGGCAUAAAAUAAACACAUAAAUCGAUAUAUUAUUGCAUGUGUAGGAAGUAUCGCUUCGUAGUUUAUUUUGGCCUUUUUAAACUUUUUUGAUUUGAUCGUCACUGAUGAGUUUUUUGAAGAAAAAACUUGCGUCUGGCUUACAAAGUUCAAUUAUGAGUUUAUUGUCAAAGAAAUAUUCGUCACUAUCUGAUCAUAAAUGUGUAAUUAUGUUGUCAUAUCACUUAAAUAUCAAACAGAUAAUAAUAGUGAUAAUACUCGUGAAGUGAAAUGCCUGUACAUGUGAAUUUUUAUUGGAAUGUUAUAAAUAUGCUGACAUUAGAGAAAAAUAUAUCAAACAAUAUUAUUGGAGACACCCCUCUACUUAUAAAUUGAUACAAUUGUAAUCUGUACAAAAUAUUAAAAGAACUAAACAAUGUUGGUAAAUACUUUAAAUUAGAUGAGAAACUACGCUGCUAAUUUUGAACAAUUCUAUGUAUGUCAUACUCUGCGUUAUACUUAGAAUUGUAUAGUAUAGGAGUGAUUUAAUGUAUUUAAAUGUAGUUAACAUUUGAUUAUAAUAAUUAUGUCUGUUUAUGUGAUAUGGUGCAUGUAUAAUUAAUUUGUCAAAUAUUGUAUAUAUCCUAUAACCUGUACUCGCUUUUGGAAUAAAGUAUUAUCAUUAUAUUCUAAACACAUAGAUAGUUUCUAUAACGAAUGAAGUCAUCUUUUUAGAGUAAUAUAUGAAUUCCUAACCAUUCUUAGCCAGUCUACUUUUAUGAGUAAUUUUCAACCUCCCGCGUUUUGCAAUGGUAUGAGGUAUAGUAGAAAAUGUAAUACUUUUAUAUGCUUUUUUUGUGACCAAUAAAUAAUCUGUGACAAAUAAUUGAAUAUGCAUGUUUUGUCAGUUUUCAAAUAUAUACUUUUUUUUUACAAUAUUACAAAAGUCUAAAAUACAUGGUUUAUCCUCUACACAAACGUAGGACAUAAUAUCUUGAAUAAUUAGUUGAGGUUUAGGUUAUAGUGUGCUAUCUCCAGAUAUAAUGGCUAAAAUUCUACGGCUAAUUCUUACUCGAUGUUCGACAUUUGCAGAAUCGCAUCAUCGACGUUUAACAACUUCUUUUCAAAAAAGGGAGUUAGUGAGCAUUCAAAUGUUUUUUAUUAAUAAAUCUGUUAAAGAAAGAA